GGGGAACGGAGAGCAUCAUUACUCCAUCAACACCUCGCAGAGACAGUGCAGAGCCGAACGCACCUGUGCGCAACUUCACGAGCGACUUCUGCGCCAGAGUUGCAGCAUGUUUCCCGCGCGGCAUCUUCACGAGGCUUUUGCUUAAUGCGCUGAACAUUUCUGGAGGACAUUUCUAUUCCAGCUCAUGUGAGAUCUGUCUGUGGAAUGAUGGGGACCUUACAUGACAGUAUUGGAUUUGUGCUCUUUUCCUGUUUGUCCAUUCAAGUUGGAUUUUCUCUUGAUGGAAAGUUUACAGAUUUCCCUUCUAACAUCACUGCACGGGAAGGACAGAACAUUGAAAUGGCAUGUGCCUUUCAAAGUGGGAUGACCUCGGUUUACUUAGAGAUCCAGUGGUGGUUUAUUCGUGCUCCGGAGGAACUGAUUACGAGCGAGGAGGAUGAGGACGACACGGAGAUGGAGCUGAUUCCAGAUCCAGAUCCUGAUGAAGAAGGAACCAAAAUAAGUACAGUCAAGGUCCAAGGCAAUGACAUCUCCCACAAGCUGCAGAUCUCUCGGGUGAGCAAGAACGACGAGGGCCUGUACGAAUGUCGAGUCACGGACGCGAACUACGGAGAGCUCAAGGAGUACAAGGCUCAAGCCUACCUGAAAGUCAACGCCACCAUCCGCCCUCGCAACAGGGCCAUUAAGAAGAGCUCGCCGCUGCACCUGACCGAUAAGAAACCCCGCAAGAGCAGCUCGGCUCCCGGCCAGGACAGCAUGAGUUCAGACCAGAGGUCUCAGUCCACUUCUACCUCUCAGACGUCACACUCCAAAACAGUCGAACACAGCACAGGGUCAGGUACGAGGAUAGCCACAAGUAAUGGACUUGCUGUUCUUCUCCUCACGGCCGGCCUCAUGAGGGAAGCAUGGCUAUAGUUUCAAGACAGUGACUCUUUUUCCCAGAAUCACUCUUAUUUCCGAGCCAAGAGAAAAUUGCCUGCUAUUUGGACGGAGCAGACAGCACAGUCGUCCCUUACUUCAAACCACAACACUGCACCAAUGUAGUCUAAUGAUCAUCACCAGAAGCACUUUUGUUUCAAAAGCCUAUAGGAGGAGAAGGAAACUGCCAUAGCGGACACGUGCUUCACGCUCCAAAUCAAACAGAAGACACAAACGGACACGGACUCGUAUGGGAUCUUGUGCCCCAUAUAUAUUUUUGGUUGGUUUUUGUUUAUCUUUUAUCUCCAGCUGUGAAUUUAAUACAUUGCUCUGAAGUUCGGAAGAGUCUAUAUUUGUGUAACAUAUGAAUAUAUGAACAGAUAUACAGUAUAUAUAUAUAUAUAUAUAGUAUUUGAUUUUAAAUUCCCUUGUACAGCUGCCAUCCAUUCAUAUGCAAAAACAGCCUUGAAAACAAAACUAACAGCUCCACAGCUUAGUACAUGUUGUGUUCUGGAUCGCUAAUUGAUGUGGUAAAUCACAGUGUUUACACUGCAUUGAGCUGCAGUGAUUUUCAUUCAUGCAGAUGUUCUUGCUUAAAUACAUGUGCUUUUCAUUUAUUUUUGGCAUAAUAAAUGUGAGUAUAUUCCUUUCGCCCCUCCGUCCUGUUAGUAGCGUUGUAUACUCACAUGCCCGGUCAUGUUCACUUAGCAUGUAGCAUGUGAGCAUAGUAUAGUCUAUGGCUGGAAACUAAAUCACACACGACAAUGCCGUUUAAGAGCAUCGUUUUGGUGUAGCUGGAUUGAAGAGAUAUUGUUUGUUUGGCUCUCGCUUGCUUUUUGUUGGAGGGGAGGGUUGGACAAACUGAAAGAAAGAAAUUUUCUGAGCUUUCAACCUUCAAAUCACUAAAGGUGUUUCGUAACCUUCAGUGCUAUUGAAUGUUGUGAUUGUGUCCUCUAAACAUCUCAAGUGUGAUUCACCUACAUUGAAGUGUUGAAGAUGAUUGCUUUUCACCUCUUGAAGCAACUGUCAUUUCCGCCGUGUGUUUACCAUCUUCAAAAUCGAGUUGCAUCAUGGAUUUCCACUAAAGCUGACAAAAUCAAUAGCUGUUGACGAUUGGUUUUCUCGUCCUCUCUCUUUACUUUUAAUUAAAAUGGAAGAGCUUUGUACUUUCUGGCUAACUUAGAAUGAUUUAUAUCUGCGUUUGUCUUUUUAUUUUGGCAAUGCAGAUCGCAAGUGAUAUGAAUUAGGUACCGUUUUCCCUAAAGCGAUGGAACAGUCAGCUUUGCAGGAGACUUUUAAAAUGAAUGUUUCUGCCUUGUUCUUGUGCCACCAAAGGCACUUAGUCCAAACGAAAAUUACUCUAAUCAUUUAACAUCACAAGGAAGAUGUUUAUUCAGUGACUGGACACAAUAUGUCACUAAAACGUCCUCUGAUUCCCAGAAGAAGCUUGACACAUCUUGCUUAAUCAGGGCCAGACUGAACGUUUUAUGAUAUAGGCUGCAUUAAAGGGGUCAUGACAUGGAUUUUUGUUAUUAUUAUUUUAAUAUGUUAUUUAAUAUAUUAUUUUUACACAAAGAAAUCUUAAUAUAUAUGCAGAAAAACAUUUAUUUUCAACCCUCAUUCUGAGGCUUCCUCUGAAAUGAUUAGUUCCCUUUCGAGGGAACUCGCACUGCGUCCCGAAGGGGGCGUUCCCAUAGCGCCCCCUUCGGGACGCAGUGUCUCGUUCCCUCUCUCAGGGAACUAUGGUUAUAGUCAUAACCUGAGACGUUCCCUUUCAAGGGAACUCGCACUGCGUCCCGAAGGGGGCGCUAUAGGAACGCCCCCUUCAGGACGCAGUGUCUCGUUCCCUCUCUCAGGGAACUAUGGUUAUAGUCAUAACCUGAGACGUUCCCUUUCAAGGGAACUCGCACUGCGUCCCGAAGGGGGCGCUAUAGGAACGCCCCCUUCGGGACGCAGUGUCUCGUUCCCUCUCUCAGGGAACUAUGGUUAUAGUCAUAACCUGAGACGUUUUUAAUGCGUGGCUCCUUUAAGGCUUGUCAGUAAACGCCCACUAUUAUGAUUGGCUAAUGUCACUGCAUAGGAAACAGUAUCAACGCCCACUCGCUAUUGCACGUAAUGUGAGUGUUUUGAAAAAUUAUCCAUAUAAAAUCGUCAUUUACAGACAAAGCAUUAUGAAAUCAUUUACUUACGAUUUGUGAUGCAGCUGCUGUCAGAUCCAGUACAGUCGACUGCCAGCAAAAGUUUCUUUGCGAACUCUCCAUUACACUGUGCCUCACUCACAAUCUUCAGUCAAAUGCUCCAAACAAACAUAUAAUUAUCUGACGCAAUCUGGUACGUCAUUAAAAUAAACCAUCCACUUGUUUCUGAUGCCGAGAUCCUUUUGAAGUCACAAACCAGCUGUUUAAACUGGACGUGUGAAAGCGAACGUUCUUUCACUCUUCCAUUUGUCGACAGAUGUCAGAAACUGAAAACGCAUCUGUAUGCUGUAUCAGUGUAGACAGCAUCAGUGAUUAUAAUGACUUGCAUUUGCUUAUGAUGCAAUGCUCACAUCCAGUGUAGACAAAUGUCAGUCGUUAAGCGACUGAACACCAGUGGGCGGGGCAUAUGAUGCGAUGAUGUAUAACUAUUGGUCGAUGCUUGCUCUGGAGGCGGGCAUAUGCAAAUGUAUUUGCCCGUGUGACGUCACACAUCCUGCAAUAUCAAAACAAGCCAUUUUUGGUGCUUUAUUAAAUAAAAGCUUUUUAGACAUUUUAAGAUAUGAAACUUACAAGAUGUUUUUAUGGUUCAGAGACCUCUUAUGUGUCAAAUGAUCAAGGCAAAUUUGAUUUCUCAUAUCAUGACCCCUUUAAAAUGACAUACAAUCGCCAGUGAUGCCCUCAUCACCAUAUUUUUUAAAUCCAACAAUAGUGGUUGGAAAGAAGAUGGUGACAUUUAACCAACACUGUGUUAUCAACAAGAACAAGACGUCCCUACAGGAAUGUCAAGGUUUUGAAAAGAAUCUCAAGCUGCGGUUGAUGGAGCUCACUCUGUUUGACAUUCUGCUCAUGUAUUGAUGUCUUGAGGUGUUUUUAUAUAAUUUAACCAAAGACUGCUGAGACGGGCACAUUGCAGGACUGUUUACAAAACACACAACACCCCCAUGUAUUAUGCCAAAUCUAUGCUUGUUUUUUGAAAACUCAUUUUCUCACCCAUAGUGGAGUUGUGCGUAUAGUGUUUGUUCCUCAGUUUUGGCUUUCAGGGCAGUUGUAUUGGGAUUACACUGGGAUUAAAGCAUAAGGAAUAGAAUCUCUCAACAGAAAACACAAAAGUAAAUGCUGUUAACUUCAAGAAAGUCACAUAAGGGAAGGAACCCGUAGCGAUUUUUAUCCUUCACCAGCAAAAUGUCGCUUUUUCACUUCAGCUUUCUGUCAAAACCUCUGCAAAAAAGUAGAGUGUUAUGCUGUAUUAUUAGUGAUUAAUGACACAAAAGUUGUAAAAUACGAUUUGAAAAAUUGUGCAUGGCUAGAAUGGAGUAAUUUAGGAUUUUUGGAACCGUUUUUUUGGAAAAUACAACUGUUCACAGUUAGUUCAUGUCAGCUCAGGUCCAUUAAAUAAUAUAAACAGACACAAAAUUGACUUUAAUAAUGUAUUAGUAAAUUUUGAAAUUAACAUUAAGAUUAAUAGAUGCUUUAGAGGUCAUUUUAAUUGUCCUGUACUGUACUUAACUAAUGUUAACAUUGUGAAGUGUUAAAUGUUUUUUUUUUUUUUUUCAUGGUUUUAGUUUUAGUUUCCGUUUUAGUUUUAGUUAACUAUAAUAAACCUGAUUUGAGAUCCAAUGGAAAGUAAUGAGUAAUGAUGAAAACGUUUCCAAUUUAACCCUAAAAGUUCCCUCAUAAACGUUUGAAAUAUGAUAAAACGGUUAUGCUUUAAUGGUGUAAGAUACAAAUAGUUGCGUGAUGUUUACUAUCGGAAGUUUCUGGCUUGUAGCUCCAAUAGUAACACUGUAAUGUAAACUGUUAGUCUGUACUUUGAUGGCUGUAUGAUCCGGAUCCUUAAAUGAGGUCACGGACCAAAAAAUACACCAUGAUGUGUCUUUGAAUAAUGAGACGGGUCAUGCAAUAGAAGGUUGUUCAGCAAGAUUCUUGCCAAAUUGUACUCCUCAUAAUUGAAAGACUAAUCAUAAACCAGCUGGAAGCUCUAAAUUCUCUCUAGAUUUAUGGGCAUAUGCGACUUUGAGAGCAGCUGCUAUCCGAGAGAACUUCGAUGGUAAUGUACGGCGUAGAUUUGUUGAUUUGAGUAGGUUUAUCUACAUAAAACUGUUACUUUAAGACGGCACUUUAAAUAGGCCACACGAUGAUGAUGAUGAGCCACAUUUGUGUGUGCUGUAAAUAGACAAAACACCUCAUCUAAAUCCAUCUGCAGCAUUUUAACGCUAUAAAUAAAGUUGGGGUUGUUAUAUUAUAAAGUACAAAAAAACGAACUAAUUUCAUUAAAAAGUUUAUGAAGAAGAGAGUUUCUGAUGCCUUGUACAGCCUGUGUAAUAGUCACUGUAAAAACAAGCCGCAUGGAUUAUUUCCACUUCUUUACUUUUUUUUUCUUCUUCUUUUUUUUUUUAUCUCAGAAAAGAAAAAUUGUAUAUGUGUACGAUUACCGUGAAUUGAAAGGACAGAAAUGUUCCUACGUGUGUUUCUAUGUUUCCAUCCGUUUGGAGAUUUCCAUGGGAAAGACUUUCCGUCCGUAUACAACACUUGGGACGUUGUUUUGGCCAAACCUCAUUGGCUCAAUUUUUGGAAAGCAGAACAGCAGCAGCUGAAUCUGACAAAAAAACGAUUACUGAAGAUGGAUCUCUGGAUGUUAUUUUGGAUGUUUAUGAUGUUGAUUUCUGCAUGAAUCCAUUCAUACUGAAAGAAACCGUUCCACUCGGAGAAAACCCAGGAUUUGUAUUUCAGAAAGUCGUCCUCCAGGUUAAGAUCUUCUUCAACACGGGAAUCGAUGUAUAUAUGGAUCACCAUCUUGUUUGAGUCAUGAUUAAAUGUUUACUGGACUCUUUCAAAAACAUGACGUGAUUUUCAUUUUACUGUCAUGGCUGAGCAAAGCUGAAGUUUGUAUUAUAAGACAAAAUGAGCCAAAUUUUAAUAAACUAUCUUCACAGGCUGUCUACAGACAGAUUUUUUAUGACAAGUGCAGUGUAAUUUACAGUAUGUGGUGUAUCAGUUUUCUGAGCUGUUUUAUUUUUACUGCAGAAAGGAGCUGCUUGUUUAUCAUCUGCAGAUGUGCUUUAGAGGAUCUGAUGUUUGAAGAACAGAAUUUGAGGGAUGAUUGAUUGAGAACGAGAGGAAAGAUAUGACACAGUGCUGUAUAAACCGCUCAAAGACAUUUCCACACCACGCUUAUGAAAUAUGACAAUUAAAUUUCUCUAAAGCACUGUC